AUGAACAAUAGGCAAGUAAUACUCAACGUAUUCUUCUGUGAAUAUCUCUGUCAUAAAUAUUAGUGAAAAAUGUGUUUCGGUUAGACCAUACUGCAGAGGGAUUGAAAGUUCUUAACAUUUUUCUCAGCAAUCUAGUAGAUUUCGAUGUGUUCUGACCAAAAAUGCAGAUACGAAUGCGUUCUUAAGACGAGGAAUCCAUUGGAUCAAAAGUUAUAUAAAAGUGAGCAUCUUCAACGUACUUUUCAGUAUGAUGUCCAAUGGUAUUUGGGUCUCUACUGAAGAAGUUGGGGGAAAACCAAUGUCAAACAACAAAAAUUGUCCGCCAGUAACAUCCUCAACAUUGAACUCUCCGCUUAUGAAAUUGUCUUCAUAUUUCCUAGCCGUUCGACCAUGGUCGCUAAGCGCUUCGUUAAUGCCAACGCUUCUUGGAUCUGCGUUAGCAUAUCGGUUAACAAGUACAGCAAGUUUUAGUUGGAUAUCUUUGAUCUUAACAGUAUAUACAGUUUUUUGUGUACAUGGAGCUGGUAACGUAGUGAAUACUUACUUCGAUUACAUAAAAGGAGUCGACAGCCGAAAAAGUGACGACAGGAUAUUGGUAGAUCAACUUUUGUCAAAAGAUGAACUAGUUUCGUUAGGUGCGUUGUUAUAUACGGCGGGAUGUUUGGGCUUCGUUUUAUUAACCACUAUAUCUCCUGCGAAAAUGGAACAUCUCGCUCUAGUGUAUUUUGGUGGUUUAUCCUCUUCGUUUCUUUAUACAGGAGGAAUAGGAUUUAAAUACAUUGCGCUGGGCGACGUCCUUAUACUAGUUAUAUUUGGCCCAAUUUCAGUUUUGUUUGCAUUUAUGGCUCAAACCGGUUACAUUGAACUAGGCACGAUAUACUAUGCUAUACCUCUUGCAUUAAACACAGAGGCUAUUCUGCAUAGUAACAAUACCCGAGAUUUAGAAAGUGACAAGAAGGCAGGUAUAGUGACGUUAGCUAUUUUAAUUGGUCAUACUGUGUCUCAUGUUUUGUAUGCUUUUUUACUAUUUACACCAUACGUAACACUGGUGGUACUUGCAUUGAGGUAUUCUAUAUGGUUUCUGUUGCCAGUUACUACUCUACCAACUGCCUUCAAAAUAGAGAAACAAUUUAGAAGCCCCCAUAUGAUCCAAAGUGUGCCUAAGCAAACAGCUAAAUUGAACAUGUUUCUGGGCAUUUUAUACGUUAUUGCUUGUUUACUUGUGGAUCCUCUUCCCUAUUUGUAA